AUGGUGAUAAAAGACAUUAUUACUAACUACGCCGCUAUCAAAGAAAUCAAAUACCUGAAAACCCCACCCUCAUACAACGAGUUUUUAGAAAACCAUUUGUUUCCUAAUGUACCAGUGUUAAUUGGGCCAGAGUUGACGGCUAGUUGGCGUGCACGGAAAGAGUGGGUAGUUGAGGAUAAAGAAAAUGAAAAAAAACAUGGGAGCCAAAAAUCACGCCCAAAUUUUGAGUUUCUUAUUUCCAAAUUUGGAGAUGCAGAAGUAUGCGUAGCUGAUUGCUCCCAACGAUAUUUCACUGAUCAAGUCAGAACAACUAUGUUAUUUAAAGAUUUUAUUGUUAGAUGGAGGGAAACAUCAUCCUCUUCUGACUCUGAAACAAAAAAUCCAUUGCUAUAUUUGAAAGACUGGCACUUCGUAAAGGCUUUUCCUGAAUACAAUGCUUAUGAAAUUCCAUCGAUUUUCAAAGACGACUGGAUGAAUGAAUUCUGGUUAUCACACACAAAUGACGAUUAUCGCUUUGUAUAUAUGGGUGGAGACCAAACAUUCACUCCAUUUCAUUGCGACGUGUAUCAUUCCUGUUCAUGGUCAUCAAACAUUUGCGGAACCAAGAAAUGGACAUUAUUUCCACCGGGUCAGGAAUCCUUGUUCAAAGAUAAUUUGGGAAACAUGAUCUAUGAUGUACGUCAUCAUGUUGAUGAAGAUCAGGAUCCCGAGAUAAAUAACGGAGAGAAAGACACCAUAUCCAAAAAUCAAUUUCCAAAUUUUAAGAAAGCACAUCGAAUUAUAGUUUACCAGAAUGCUGGCGAGACGCUUUUUGUUCCAUCCUCAUGGUAUCACAUGGUCGAGAAUAUUGGUGAUUGUAUCUCGAUAAAUCAUAAUUGGGCACAAUCUACAGCUCUUCCGUUUUUGUAUGAAUCACUGAAUACGGAUCUGGCAGAGGUGGAAAACGCGAUACGUGAUUUGAAAAGUGAGAUGGAUGAGUUGGAAUUUGUCGGGACAUGUCAACGAUUGUUGUUGACCAAUUCAGGAUGGGAUUGGGUCGUGUUUUGGAGAUUGAUUUCUUGUGUUUCUUUUAGACUUGUAAAAAAUUACUACGAUAUUCACGAGAAGAAUAAUAAGGAGGAUACAGCAACAACUAUCCAUCAUCAUAACCAGUCAUGGGAAAUACCACCACCUUCAUUACAACCACCACUAGUACUCAUUUUUCAAAUUUUGCAUAAUGUGAUUCAUGAUUAUUUGGAUCAACCGUUUGUCAAGCAGUAUUUAAUUGAACAAUUCAAAUCCGAACAAAGUGAAGAAAAAAUAUUUGGUAUAUUACACGAAAUCGAUAAGAUAUAUUCAAAAUUAAAACAAUAG